AUGUGCGUUUACUAUCACUUCCACGAUGGACUCAGCGAAGAUAUCAAUGCAAUUGUCUAUGCUCUGAGGCUAUGGGCGGUAGAGAAUUACGACCCCACCGGUAUCCACUCUCGUCCAAAGCCUACCGUCACCGAAAACAAAAACCUCUCUUCUCAAGAACUUCGCCCAGGAGCUCCAAAUAAGAAGGCAUGGAAUAAAUUUCGCGAGUCUUGGUGGCGGAAGAUGCAACCCAUGGGUUUACAAUGGACCACCAAGUUCGACAUCCAGGAUCGAGUAGUCAUAUGGCGUGGUAGGCUGGACGACAAAUCGAAAAAUUGCACUGGUCGGGGAAUUCAUGAUUACAUCUCCAUUGGUGGUCCGACAUUUGCAGAGCAGACAAUCGAGCUUAUCAAAACGGAAAUAUGGACGAGGGACAUUGAAAAGGCCAUGUCUGGAUUGAAACUCAUGUCCAUGAAAGACUGGGAGUGGCUUGACAGGAUCGAUGACGAAAUGCAAGGGAGGUAUGAGCAGGCGGAGAAGAGAAAGAACAAGAACAAGAAUAAGAACAAGAGAAGGAAAGAGAACAAGAAGAACAAGAAAGCCGCGGAAUCGUCUGCAGUACCAAAGAAUGGUAAAGAUGCGGCUUCGGAAGGACCCAGGGAAGGACACGAGACUACCGGAAGACAAGAACCUAAGACGGAAGGCUUUCAUACAGACGAAGAUGUGGUGAAUGAAGAUAUGGCCGAGCCAGAAAAUCUUAUAAAGACCGGGGAUGGGGACAAAGCUUUGGAAGCAAAAGCUGCUCUGCUCACUACAGACAACGAAGUUGAAGCUCUCUCUGAAGAAAAAGCCGGGCUUGAGAUUAGAGGUUGGCUUAACGAUAUUGCUAUACUCGGCAACUAUCAGAUACCAGGUAUUAUUCAAUCUCAGCAACAAGCUACCUCUGAAGAAAAAGACGGGCUCGAGAUUGGAGAUUGGCUUGACGAAAUUGCUACACUCGGCAACUACCAGAUACCGGCUGGAGGUAUUAUUCAAUCUCAGAAACACCGUCAAGAUCAACAAACCGAAUUCACUCCCCAAGUGACCGAUCGAGAAGAAGAGGCACAGAACAAGCAACAGCAAGCAGGACCGGAAACAACAGUAAUGGCUGCGCUGUAUAGGCAGCUUGACGGGAACGCCUGAGAGCAGACCAGGCUACACAGGAAGCGGAAGCACUGCGCCAAAAGCUGGAGGAAGUCGAGGCCAAACUUGCCCAAGCGAAAUCAAGGGAGGCCACUCUUACGCAGGAGCGAAACGAGGCUGAGAGAGAGGCUGCGAGAGCUAUCCACGCAUUUCUGGAAGCAAACGAAAAGGCCGAACAACAGCAUCAGAAGCAUGGGGAGGACCCGAAUGAAUUUUCUCUAUGGGCAAAGGAGGCCUUACCAUGGCCCCCUAUAGCCGAAGCACCCCCCCAACCCGCAAAGCAGCCCCAUACCCUCGAGAAAAUCGAGGAAGAACUCACGAAAGACAUGCGGCUCGCUCAGGAGCAACUUAGAGCUCAGGAAGCAGACCAAAGAGCCGAGCAAGAGCGCAAGCGACGGGAAGAGGUGGAGGCGGAGCUGGAUCUCGGGUAUCGACAUAAACUCCAGGGGUUUGAGUUUGUCAAGAAACUCAACCUCGAGUACCACGAGCAGAAGGAGAAGCGGGAGGAAGCGGAGGAAAGGCUUGCCUCCCUGCGUGAGGAGGCGACUGUUACGAGAGAGGUGUGGAAACAUGUCGCGGCGCUGCGGGAGAUGUUUUCUAAUGACCAGAUUGAGGAUAUCGUGAAGAGGUUGCUGGAUGCGGCGAAGAAGUCGGAGAUGCAUAGGUUGGGCAUUAAAGCUGACCUUCCGGAGGAGGUUUUGGAGGGGAUUAGAGGCGAGAGUGAGGUGUGGCUGGAGGAGGAAAUGGGUCGUGUUGGGGAGAGUGUGACGAGUGCGGUGAGGGUUUGGGUGAGGGAGGAGAUUAAGUUGGCGGUUUUUGCGAUCCAGAUGAAGGUUAAGGAGCGGAUUGAGGAAGAGGAUGAGAAGGAUGUUGUGGAGAAGCGAGGCCCGCGGAUGGCUUGGAGGGUAAAUUAG